UGCUCCCGGGACUACAGCUCCCGUGGUGCCGGGCGGCGGGGCGGGCCGGGCCGCGGGGGCCGCCGGGAGCGCAGCCGGGUGCGCGGCGGAGGGAGCCCCGGCCCCGAGAGCCGAACCGAGCCGAGCCGGGCCGGGCCGGGCCGAGCGGGCGGAGCAGCGUUCCAGGGGUGCCCGUUCGACACAAGAGCCAACAUGAACGUGGGAACAGCGCACAGCGAGGUGAACCCCAACACCCGCGUCAUGAACAGCCGCGGCAUCUGGCUGUCCUACAUCCUCGGCAUCGGGCUGCUGCACGUCGUGCUCCUGAGCAUCCCCUUCUUCAGCGUCCCCGUGGUUUGGACUCUGACCAACAUCAUUCACAACAUGAGCAUGUACAUCUUCCUACACACCGUGAAGGGAACUCCCUUUGAGACUCCGGACCAGGGGAGGGCCCGGCUGCUGACGCACUGGGAGCAGAUGGACUACGGCGUGCAGUUCACGGCGUCGCGCAAGUUCCUGACCAUCAUGCCCAUUGUCCUGUAUUUUCUAACCAGCUUUUACACCAAGUACGACCGGAUACACUUCGUAAUCAACACUAUCUCCCUUAUGAGCGUCCUGAUCCCCAAACUGCCUCAGUUUCACGGAGUCCGGAUCUUUGGGAUCAACAAGUACUGAACUGCGUGGCUGGAGCGCACGGAAGAGGAACAGGGGAGAGGGGGAAGUUCCUUCUCUCUACUCCUGUUUCUUCGCCCCUGCGCACACUGGGAUGUAAUUUCACAGCGGCUGUUUAACUGCAGUAUCCAAUAGACAUAAACCGCAUGCUGGAUCCUCAUGCCCAAUAAAUCUAAACAAGCUCCAGAGUAGAGUUUAGCGCAGAGCAGGAUGCGUAUGACACUGGAUGUCUUUUAUUCCAGCGUCAUAAAUAGAUGCAGAUACACUGAGACUUCAAGGUACAACGAGGAUGAAUUCUGGGGAGAUUUUCAUCUAUCCCAGACAUCGAAUGAAUAGGGAUGAGGGGAAAAGCUUUUAGUGCUGGUACUAUUGCUGUGGUAAAUGCACUUUAAAAUAGAUUUCCCUUUCUGAAGCUAGGUGCUUUAAGCGAUAUGCGGGGGAAAUUCAAAGGGAUACAACCAGACUUUCCCAAUACUUGAUUGUUUCGAGGUUUGAGUUCCAUUUUUGGGCAGGGGAAGAGAAAGAGAGAUUUUUAUUUUGCAAUCCUUUGUGGCACUGAGAAAGGAAGGUCUUUUACUAAGAACAGUACAGGAAGGAAGGACCUGCAAUUUGACAGAGGUUCACUUUUCUACAGCACCAUUCGUGUAGUUCAGGGAAAAAGUCAAUAGAUCCUAAAUCAUACUUGUUAUUUUCAGCUUCUACCCGAAUCUGCCUGGGUGACUCUGCACAAGCAGCAGAGUGAACUGACCAAGAGAAGGAUGCUGUGGGUCACUGAAAAUAACACAUUAUUUCAUACAGGAACAAAAUUGAGCCUUUUUCCCAUAAAGUUACCACCUGAAUAAAGCAGGUUUAGGUUUCCUGACCGAGAUAGCUUUCCACUGUUCAAAGCAAUCUGGUUUUCUUUUGGGUUGUGUGCUGGAGGAAACGUGUUUUUUCCUCAUGCUUCCCCUGUAAACUCACGAAAACCUGUCUUUUUUGUUGUCUUAGUGCUUAUAUUGUCUCACACUUUUGACAAUGGUAUAAACAUUUUAAAUAGUCUAUAUUUUGUUCCUGCAUUAGCUGAUUCUAGCUUUAGAGGUCAUAGUGGAUAUUGUCGAGUUCUUUUUGAUGGCCUGAGUGUAGGUUUGGAUACUUCAGGUUUGGAUACAAGAUCUUGUAUUCCUCCAUGUGUAAUUUUAGGCAAGCCGCUUUACUUCUCUAUCUCAGACUUAAUCAUUUCUUACAAGACUGCUGCAGAGAAGGGAGAAACAUCUAGCGUACCUCAGAGGGCCGCUGGAAUGCAUAGAGAAUCAUUACCUAAUAUGUUGGAGAAGCGGAAAUAUUUUAAGUGAAAAGGAAGUUUUCAAGAAGGUCAAAAAAAGAGUCUGGCUUGAUACCCGAGUGCUGUUCUCCAGCGAGGGAGUUUGACAGAUGUGCAAUUUACUUGACAGGUUAAACCUCUUAACCACCAUGACAUAAGGACUGCUGCUUUAGAUAAGGUACUAUAUACCCUAAAGCGAAUAUACUCUUUAAGCUACUAGACAAUGACUUUUUAAAAAAAAUAGAUAUUGUUUUCAAAAUAAGAGAGAUUUCAUCAAUCAGCGAAGUACCUUUGAAAGGGCUGAGGAGCGGGGAGUGUCGACGCCCUCAGAGCUGCAGCGCGGCGGCGAAGGCUGUACCUGUAACGCAGGCUGGAUGCGGCUUAACAGACCUGAACGUCUGCCCGCAGGCACAACUUCCACGCCAGUGGUCAAUCUCCAAAGGAAAGAAAACUAGUUAUUUAUUUUCCUAGAAUACAAAGAGAAAAACAUCAACUUUUUUCUGCAACAGUGGCUAUAUGCUUAAAAGCAUUACUCCUAUAUAGACAGACAUAUACUGGGUAUUUCUAAGUAUAUGCACAUUACAAAGUCAAAGCAGUUUUGAUAUUUUUAGCAGAAGUAUAAAUGGAAGGGGGGGUCAGCUCUUCUCGACGAAGUACAGCACUUCAGUUCCCUGACGGCCUCAGCAUUACAGCAGCUGAGGAUCUGGACAUGUUAUUUGUGCUCUUAUCUGACACUAUGGACACCUGAUUCUGUUUUGUUAAAUUAAAGAUCAACUGUAAAACAGAACGGGAUUAUUAAUUUCUCAAAAGGUAGUUUUUAGAGCCUAAAAACUUCUUGUUAGGCAAAGCCUUAAUUCUGAUAGUAAGCUUUUCUGAUUUACCUUGUUCACACAAAUGAUUAAAAUAGACUUUAUAUAGAUAUGCGUUACAUGGCAAAUUAUUUUCUUUACAACACAGGGAUAGUAUUUUUGCUGCGGAGUAAUUAAUCCAAUCAAGGAAAACAUAAAUGAAAGCUGGAGAAAUAUGGAAAGAGGUGAGAGAGUUGAAGGAAGAUUUUGUUAGUAAUGUGGUGUGUUAAGUAUCUACAUAAAAUUAAUAAUUACUUGAACAAUUAUACAUCUGAUAAUGUCUUCCUUAAGAUCCCAUCUUAAGGGUAGGUAUCAGAAUUAAUCAAACAUAGAAAGGAAACCAUAAGUUAAUUGUAAUUAAACCGCAGUUGCAAUUGCUCGAGCCGCCCUCGUGCGCCAGUCGUGUGGCUCCUUCCCGUCAGUGUCACGGGAGCGAGCGGUACCCAAGCAAAUCUCUGAUCGUCCCCACCACAGCGGUGUGGAGGUCACAGACACGGCUCCGCAGCUCCUGGAACCCCGUACUGAAACCACUUCUGGUUCGUUUGCGUUUGUUAAAUUCAUCUAGUUGUGAGUUCGGCACUCAAAAGGCUUAUCUUGAGCCAAACAAGUUGAAGGGCAGAGUCAAAACACUGAUGAGAUAACUAGUUUCUGAGAAAAGGGCGGCAUGGACAAGUCGAGGGAUUUUCAGACGCGCACUUGCAGCAAUCCAGGGUGAAGUUCACCUUUGCGUGGAGAACCAGAAUGCCAGUGCAAAAACUGCCCGUUCAUUCAUUUAGACUGGAGAACUUUCUGCAAGUACCUGCAUGAAGGAGAUAAGUGUUUGUUACUGGUUUUAAAUGGGACUUUGAUCACGUCGCUCUUGACAGAUUUUCCUCUCAAACUUGUACUGACUUCUCCUAGAGUGACUAGGGCAGCCUGGAGAAUUAAAGGCGGGCUCUGACCUGUGGCUGAGGAACAAUUACUGGGCAAGCAAGUACUUAAAAUGCUUUUCUGUUUUGUUCUGCCGUGAAUGGCAAAGGAGAAAAGCUUCUGAAAAAGAAGCCGCUCCUCUGUCCCAUCCUGUCCUGGGCAAAGCCUCUCCCAGGCCACUACAAGACCACACGUGUGUUUGCACGGUGUGGCAGCCGCUGCACCAGGAAAGCCAGAAAAUCGAGCACCACCAGCCCAAUGCCUCCAAUUUAGGGAUCCUGUCUUGCGACUUGUUUAACGUAGCUCGUGGGAUGUCAUACGGUCCAGCCCUUCGCAGGAAGAAGCCUUGAAAAAAUAAAAAGCCCAAAAUCUGGGACUACUUCAUUUCCGAGUACUUAAUUUUUUAAAAUAAAUGUUUAAUUUUUUGUUUGUUUUAAUAGAAGCAUGGUACUGGCCCUCAAAAAGGAGACAGCAGCUGGUUACCAUUGUUAACAUAUUGAUAUUUCUCGUUACAACUUGUAUUGCUUUGUCAUUGCCUAUAAUAUCUUUUUAAGCAUGCGAGUGGUUGUGUAUAUGUAUCCUCCUUGGAUCAGUUUAAAUUAGUUGGGUUUUUUUAAUGGAACUUUCUGACAUUGUACAUAGUUUUAGGGUUUUUUUUUCCUGUAGCCCUUCUUUUUGCUGUGUAUACAGAAGUCUCAUGUAGAGAACUUUCUAAAAAAGUGUGAAUAUUUUUAUUACUCCUUUGUACAGUAUUCUAAGAGAAACUAAUAAAGUAAGUAUUCAUGUAAAAA